CUUUCACCACCACGCUCACUCUCUCCCGCGAUGGCGAAGAAUCGGAAGAGGAGGAAAAGGCGAGUCCCGGAGAUUCUGUGGCGGCUCUUCCGCCACCGCGCUCGUACGCUUGCCGACACGAUCGCCUCUCUGAUUCCUCCUCUGCCGCAUUGCGGUUGCAAUGGGCGGCGCUGCCUCGGUUGCAUCGGCGGAGACGCCGACUCGUACCUUCUCCGUCCGCAAGAUCCCUCUGACUAUCGCAAGCUUUUGAGCGAGUGCUUCGUUGUCGUCUCUUACAAUGCGCCUCCGCUGUCCACCAUUUAUCUUGAUCGCCGGUGGUCUCAGCUACAGAUUGUCAGAAAGACCAUUGAAAUAAUCAUGUGUGAGCAACCAGGGUCUUCCAAUGUAUUAUGUGGUGGCUAUAGUAAGGCAAUCUCAAUCACCAACAUUAUGCAAGCUUAUCAAUUUGUUUUUGGGUUGCCUGUUUCUAAUGUCCAGACUUCUUCUGUAUGCAACAGUAAAGGAUUUCCACUUCACCAAAUGGAACUUGCAUAUCAUUUAUGCCAACAAUAUUGUAACAACUUGAGCUCCAUUGUAGAGCUUCUGACUUCUUCAGCCUGGGGUCUGCUCUUGGAAAGGGUUGGGGAUGAUAUCAUGGUUUACCUACUAAAGCAUACUUCAAUAUUUCUGCCGCUUCCUCAUAAGAUGCACUGUCAGGUGGCAGGUCCUCCUAUCAGUGAUUUAUGCAUUGGGUUGUCAAAACAUGUAUCAGACUCAAAACAUCAAAAGCCUUCACUCACUGAUCUUGGUCCUCAAAAGAAGAUGGAAAGGAAUGAUGGUGCUGUUAACUCAACAUCAGAGGAACAGCAACUAACCAGUUCUUUCAAUCGUGGUGGUCCUGUAAAUUUUGUUAGUUGUGUUGGCUGUAAUGGUGGGAAUUGCUUAAGAAAAUUUAGUGAACCGGGGGAAAAAAAAACUCUGAAUGUUCUUAGUCAUCAAUUUGAACUGAAUAGAUCUUAUUGCUCAAAAAGUCAGGUGAUAUCUUUUAUUUCAGCUGUUUGUAAGAGAAUAGUUCCUUCACGUUUGCUAGGAACUCCUUCUAAUUGGAGAAUUAAGGAAGAAAAUUUCAAAUUUGUUUGGCUACGUAGAUUUGAGAAACUAUCUCUGAAGCAAUGUAUGCAUAAAUUAAAAAUAUCAAGGUUUCCUUUGCUUUCAAAUAAACAUUCUUCUUGCUACCUGAGUAAUCAUGUACUGGAAUACACAACAGAAAGAGUAUGGACACAGAUAAAAGAUAUGGAUCUUUGGUUCUUCUCAUCUCUUGUGGUGCCACUGGUGCAAGCCAACUUUUAUGUCACUGAAAGUGAGCAUGGGAAAAAUGAUCUGUUUUAUUAUCAAAAAUCAGUUUGGGAGAAGCUGACCAACAGUGCCACCACUUGCUUGAAAGAGCAGAGCUAUCGUUCCUUGGAUGAUGUGUCAGUUGGACAAAUUUUAAGUGAUAGAUCAUUUGGUUUUUCUAGGCUUAGAUUUCGUCCAAAAGAGAAAGGAGUAAGGGCACUAGCCAAUCUCAAUGGAUCAUCAAAAUUUCGAGUGCAAGAUUCCCCUUUGAAAGAUCAAUCUUUGGGAAUGCAAAGAAAAGCACAUCUCCAUCUGGAAAGAGUUAAAUUUGACCAUUUCAAGUCUGUGAAUUUUGUUCUUCGUGAUUUACAUGCUGUCCUAAAAGGUUUACAGAUGAAAGAACCAGAGAGGUUAGGGUCAUCAAUAUUUGACUACAAUGAUGUCUACAGAAAGUUAUGCCCAUUUCUGAUAAGUGUGAAGAAUGGGUCAACAAUCAUGCCCAGUGUGUUCAUUGUUGUUUCCGAUGUUUCUAAAGCAUUUGAUUCUGUCAAUCAGGAUAAGCUGCUCAAAGUAAUGAAAGAUGUCAUAGUGAAAGGUAAAUAUCUUCUAAAGCAGUCUUAUCAAGUUGUCUGCACAAGGAAAGCACUUUGGCCAUGUGAGAAUCAAAUAUUGGUGGAUCAAAACAUUGGCACUGGUCUUACAGAGUUCACAUCUUCUGUCCUGUCUCAUUCAUUGCAUAGUGUCCUUGUUAAUCAGGUGCGGAGAAGGACCAUAGGGAGCAAAGAGCUUUAUUUUAAUCUGAAUGAGCAUGUGAAGCGCAAUGUGCUGCAAUUAGGCAACAAAUUUUACUUGCAAAAUUCCGAUCCCCAAGGAAGUGUUCUGUCUUCUUUGCUUUGCUCAUUUUACUAUGGACAUAUGGACAGGAAUGUGAUAUUUCCUUUUCUUGAAAAAACUUGUGGACCAGCAACUGAAUAUGUAUCAGGAAAAGAUAAUUGUCAUGAUGUAUCUGCUGCACCGAGCAGCAGUGAGAAUAAUGUCAUCACAUCAUCCCCUAAAUAUAUGCUUCUCAGGUUCAUUGAUGACUUCCUUUUAUCAACCUCUAAGCAGCAGGCUGCUAGCUUCUUCUCCAGGUUGCAGAGAGGAUUCCGUGAUUACAAUUGCUACAUGAAUGAGGGCAAAUUUGGUAUGAAUUUUGAUAUUGGCCACAUAUCUAGGCUUUCAUCAAACAGAAUAUAUGUGGGUGAAGAUGGUAUCUCAUUUCUUCGAUGGAGUGGUUUACUUAUCAACUGCUGUUCAUUAGAAGUUCAGGCAGACUACACAAGGUAUGCUAAUAGCCAUUUAAGUUCGACGCUAACUGUCUGCUGGCAAGGGAGACCAGGUCGUCAAUUGAAGGCAAGGCUGUUUAAUUAUAUGCAACUUAGGUGCCAUCCCUUAUUCUAUGACUCGAAUAUUAAUUCAGCAGCUACUGUGAGAUUAAACAUCUAUCAAGCUUUUCUGUUAAGUGCAAUGAAGUUCCAUUGCUACACCCGCAACUUGUCAAACAUAUGCAAACUUCAAUCAGGAUACCAUAUGGAGAUCAUUGAAAAAGCUUUAAGGCGUAUGCACACGUUUAUAAAGAGAAGGAUGCGUUCUAUGGAUCUCGAUUCUAGUUUCCACCCAAUUCUUCAACUGAAAAAAGGAGAAGUUCUAUGGCUUGGAUUGAAAGCUUUUAUCCAAGUACUGAAGAGAAAACAGUCACGCCAUAAAGAGUUGCUUUCUUUACUGAAAUCCAAGUUAUUGGCACAUCCAUUACCAGAGACUGCUUCAUCUGAACUCAAGUAUGCAGUUGAUGAUUCACAUUCAUCUUUACUUUGGAAAAUCAAGUACUGAAUUUUUACAUAACAUACUUCAUUUUAUAUGCAAACUUUCAUUUCUCAGCUGAACACUUAUAGUGGAAACCUAGACUUGAGUAUGGUCUGGGCUAAAGAGCACCGAAAAGUAGAAAAUACACAGAACACUCACCAUAGGCUGCUUUUGUGAACAUCUUUAAACUUU